AUGGGCAUUCCACACGACUUACCGCCGGCGCUUAAACCCGGCGCCGAUGUCUCACGAGUAGCCAGUUUCGCCGUAGACUACGCUUUUAUACUUGGAAAUGGGACUCGGACUCCUAAAAAUUCUAUGAUAUCAAAUUGGAAAGAAGAUGAUAUUCCCAAAUCAUUGUUUAUGAUAUCCACUGGUAUGGAAGAUUACUACAACUUCACCAAAACCUAUCCUGAUGCCGAUGCUUCUGCUCAACAAGCUUACGUCAUAUCAGUCAUUAACCGACUAAAAUAUAAUCUAGAAUUGUUGUAUUCAUCGAGAUCAAGUAAGUUCGUCGUACAUAAUGUAGCGCUAUUAGGUUGCUUACCUAUCGUGAGACAAGAGUUUAAUACUGGUUACGAGUGUUACGAGAAGUUCAACGGUUUGGCCAAAAAACACAACGCUAGACUCGGACCGAUGCUGAACAAAUUAGCCAAAGCCAAAUCUGGUUUUCAAUUCACACUUUUUGAUUUCUACAAUGUCCUUCUUCGCAGGACACAAAGAAACAUGAAUUACCGGUUCUCCUUCACGAAUAUAUCGUAUUGCGGUAUUGGGUCGCACAAUGCGCAUGGUUGUGGUUUACCUAACGUGCACUCGAAGCUAUGUGAGUAUCAAAGAUAUUAUCUUUACUUCGACGCACGUGACGAUACCGAGAAGGCACAAGAAUCAUUUGCUCAUCUUCUCUCUGGAGCCGACCCAAACGUUCUGCAACCCAUGAACAUUCGUCAGCUUAUUACCUAUCCUGUUAACGACGAUAUGUCUGAGUUUUGGAAAGAACCAGUGGAGGAGAGAGAGUUUAUUGUCAGACCAUGGCUUUGA